AUGUCUCUGACAGAGUCAUCCGCCUCGGAGAUCGCACAAAGCGCGUCUAUUGCCUCUCGCCGACUAGCUACCAUCUCGAACGAUGGACGCAAUUUCGCAUUGACUACGCUCCACGCUGCCCUGUCCGAAAAGCGUGAUUAUAUCCUUCAGGCCAACACGAAGGAUGUCGCCCUGGCGACUCAGGCAGCGGCAAAUGGCGAACUCAGUCAAAGUGUCUUGAAGCGGCUCGAUUUGACCAGACCCGGCAAAUACGAUGAUAUGUUGAGCGGUAUCUUGAAUGUGAGAGACCUUGAAGACCCAGUUGGUAGGGUUACGAUGCGAACGCUUUUGGACGACGGACUGGUUCUGGAACGGAUUACUUGCCCUCUCGGAACACUUCUCAUAAUUUUCGAAGCUCGCCCUGAAGUCAUUGCCAAUAUCGCUGCUCUAGCGAUCAAGUCUGGAAAUGCAGCUAUUCUCAAGGGUGGAAAGGAGUCCACCGAGUCCUUUAUUGCUAUAGCAGAAGUCAUCUCAGCAGCUCUCUCAAAGACUGAGAUUCCUAUUCCCGCCAUCCAACUCGUCAAAACUCGGGAUAUUGUCUCCUCAUUGCUCUCACAAGACACACUCAUUGAUUUGGUCAUCCCCCGCGGGUCAAAUGAGUUGGUGCGAUACGUGAAAGACAAUACGAAAAUACCCGUGCUUGGCCAUGCUGAUGGUCUCUGUUCUGCAUAUAUCCACUCCGAUGCUGACGUUUCGACCGCUGUGAAAGUCAUCAUUGAUUCCAAGACUGAUUACCCGGCGGCCUGCAAUGCCUUGGAGACUCUCCUCGUCCACGAAGAUGUUCUCGAAAGCAUAUUGCCAGCCGUUGCUGAGGCCCUGCUCGCAAAGGGCGUUUCCCUUCGCUGCGACCAAGCUUCCAAAGCAGCUUUGACCAAGUCUCUUACACCAUCACAAGCGGCUCUUAUACAAGACUCUGUCGAGCAAGACUAUAAUACGGAAUUCUUAGAUCUGAUACUCGCCGUCAAAACGGUCCCUACGCUGUCCUCGGAAUCGUCCGCCGUCCAAGCAGCUAUUGCCCACAUCAAUGCACAUGGGUCCAAGCAUACCGACAUUGUCCUUACUACCUCUAGGCAAGUUGCUGACACUUUUAUGGCCGGCAUUGAUAGUGCAGGUGUCUACUGGAAUGCAUCCUCACGCUUUGCGGACGGCAUGCGGUAUGGCUUUGGCACGGAGGUGGGCAUCAGUACAAACAAGAUCCACACCAGAGGACCCGUAGGAUUGGAAGGGUUGACCAUCUACAAAUAUCUUAUCAGAGGGGAAGGUCACAUUGCAGCGGACUAUGGCGGGKCAGGAAAUAAGCAGUGGAAACAUCAAAAGUUGGAGAUCUAG